AUGUCUGAUCCAGACCAGUACACUGUUGGUUGGAUAUGUGCCUUGCAGACAGAAUAUGUUGCUGCUCGAGCUUUUCUCGACAAGAAACAUAGUCUCCCGGAGACGCUUUCGCCUAACGAUAACAAUCACUAUACACUGGGAGAAAUAGGCGGUCAUCAGUUUUCCACACAUUCGUUUUGGGCUCAUGGUUGGUAUGGUGGCGGGGUACCCACAAGGCAUGACAUUCGUCUUGUCCUACGCGCAGCCGUUUCUGGGCUUCAAGCACAAUAUGAAGAGGAGGGCCACCGGUUGAGGGAGAGCAUUCACACCGUGCUUGAAGGCAAUAAACGGCUGAAGCGAAAAUUUGCACGGCCUCCUUUGGAAAGUGAUCGACUUUUUGACAGCCAUUUUGUUCACUCAAAUUCUGAGGGAAGCUGCGACUCGCACAAAAGCAAAGAAUGGCAAGGCUGGGCUGCAAUGGUUGCAGCUGCAUAUACAAGAGAUCUCUUGUAUCAAACCGUCCCUCAUCGGGUAAAAGCUGAACGAAAAGCUAGUGAAGUUUUGGACGGGAUUAGAAAUCGACUGGACAAUAUAUUCGAGAACAUUCAUGAUCUCCAUUCAAUAACCGCCGGAUCUGCGCAAGAAAUUAGAGCCCUUGCCGAGAGUACUGAUCUAAAGGAGUUACCAAUUGCUGCGGGAGUUAAAUUUGGAACCUAUAUGGACCAGCAUGAGGAAGGAUGUCUCCAAGGGACUCGAGAAGAGCUACUUGACGAGACUUUUAAGUGGACUGUCUCACCAGAAGGAAAAUGCAUGUUCUGGCUCAAUGGUUUGGCUGGAACUGGCAAGUCCACAAUAUCACGAACCAUUGCAAAAUCCUUCCAGAAACAAGGGUUGUUAGGGGCAAGCUUUUUCUUCAAGAGAGGUGAAGGAGAUCGUGGCAACGCAGCUCGGUUCUUUCCGACACUCACCAAGCAGCUCUUUACGAAUAUCCCGGAGCUGCGCUGGCUAUUCUACAGUCUGAAUCAAUCCAAACUUCAGAACUCACCUUUAAUGAUUGUGGUUGAUGCACUAGAUGAAUGGGAACAUGAAAAUGAAAUCCACAUCAUUCUCCAGCUCUUGCCACGGGUUCAAGAGUUCAAAUAUCCCUACUUGCGGUUCUUUAUUACCAGUCGACCUGAGCUGCCUAUCAGAUUAGGCUUCCGGACAAUUGGUCAUCACAAUUUAAUACUCCAUGAGGUUCCCGAGCCUUUAAUAGAACGCGACAUAUCCAUGUUCUUGGAAAACAAACUCAAUGCAAUCAGGCACGAGCAAUCUCUUCCUCCAGAUUGGCCUGGUAACGCAAAUUUCCGAACACUUGUUACCAUGUCAGUGCCGUUAUUCAUCUUUGCUGCCACCAUAUGUCGUCUGUUUGCGGAUCACAACUUGGACCCAGGGCAAUGCCUUGCUGAAAUCCUCAAAUAUCAGAACCAAGAGUCAAAGUUGGACGGAACAUAUCUUCCACUUCUCACGAAUGCAUUAAUGGGAGACGUCCGCCUGGCGCAAAAGGACCAAACCAGAAAAUCAUUUACCUGGGAUCGCUACGAAAUCAGCAGUCUGAAGGCACGGCGUCCAUUCUUUGUACUGCUGGUCUGGGCCUCGUUGAUCGGCAGUACAAAGGAGGAGAACGGGUAUAUAUACCAUCUACUCGACAAGAAGUGGAAUGGCCGCAGGAGUGCUGUUUUCAAGCGUAUGCGGAAGGGUGAUAAACAUUGCCGAGUCAUACGGCUGAUCGACCCUAUAACGGGCAUCAAUCGGCUCCGUCACAAUCCAAUUAGGCUGAUAGAUUAUUUGAUAAUGAAUUGCGAAAAUCAUCGACGAAAUCAUUCGCUAUGUUCUCUCUCUGCCCUGAAUGUAUCCGACCAGUGUAUUCCCAGACAACAGCCGCAGCCGAUAUAUCACCACCUACGAGCAUUCAAGAAAAGGGCAAACACUCUUAUUCGAGUCCGAUAUAGUAGCAUGCAGAGCUCUAAGAAGUGCGAAAGCCAGAUAAGUGCUAUCCCCGGUCUCCGACGCCGGCGCCGAACCCGAGUCCGGGCCCGCGGAGCAUGA